AUGUUGCCUUAUUCGCCUCGUUCGCCCCACUACAUUCCCGUCGGAUGCAUCGGCAUCUCGAGAUCAGAAAUUGACGUGCAGGAUGCGGCAUGGCAGAUCGAGGUUGCUACAUGGAAGAGCUUCUUAUUCCGAGACAAGGAGAACACGGACAGACUACUCAAAGAUGCGUCUCCAAUCAGCCCUACCAACCAAACACUUCAAGACGCCUUGCUGAACUCCGAGGCAUUACGGCCAUGCUUGCAACUCCUUCGUGCCAAUUGGGCGCAACUCGAAUACAAGAUGCUGCCCCAAUUUGAAUUUAGGGUUACAAUUAGAGUUUAUAUCCUCGCAGACGAUGCACUAAGAGGCUCCAUCAGCCGGGCUCAUGGCAGUCUGUUCAAGAUCCGCGGGCGCAUUUUAGAACAGCUUGACUGCUCCCCCCAAGCGUGGUCUGGCGCUGAGGCUCCUCAAGCGUUUCAGAGGAGCCCCUUCGUACCGCAAUCUGCACAAGAAUUAGAGACUUCUUUGUUGGAGCUGUUUAACAAUAUCCCCUCGCCAGCACCAGACAUCGACCUCAUUGUUGAUCCGUUUCUCAACGAACUCGCAACAAAUGUCCUGCAAGGCAAUGUACACGGCCUUACAUCGGACCUUCUCCCGUAUCAAAAACGAUCAGUCGCACUGAUGAUGCAGAAAGAAAUGUAUCCCGGAAAGGUGCUGGACCCACGCCUCUUGCAUCUGCAUGAUCAAGAUGGACACUCGUGGUAUCUAGAUCCCAUCGCGGGAGCCAUUUUUCGAGAUGCAAAACACUAUGAUGGCGUGUCGGGAGGGAUACUGGCUGAAGACAUGGGAACAGGUAAGACAAUAAUAUGUCUUGCACUGCUACUGGCGACGCGCGGUCUCCUUGCCGAGGCGCCCGAGGUUUAUUUGUCGCCGGCAGGGCGAGUGAGGAAGUCGGUAGGAUCACUGAUGGACAUGGCAGCAUCAUGCGCAACCCAACACUCUCAGCCCUGGAUGCAAUAUUACGGAUAUGCGAAAGACAAAGAUCUCGACAGGAAUUCAAUUGCAAAGGCGAUCCGACGCAAUCCCGGAUCCUACCUCCUUCCUGGUGCCGAACCCCGAAGAUGCGGACGAAUUGGGAGCAAGUAUGUGCCAGUGCCGAGGAAGAUUUACCUUGCUAGCACCAGUCUGGUUAUUGUUCCAAAUAAUUUGGUUUCGCAGUGGAAGCAGGAAAUUCGCAAGCACACCGAAGAUCUCGAGGUUCUAGUGCUGACGAAGAACGAUGCUAUCCCAGAUGCUGAAACACUGCUGGGAUACGACGUUCUUUUGUUCUCCCAAUCGCGCUUUGAGAAUCUGUCUAAGCAUCAACCCAUUCUCCAGACACCUCUCGCUGCCAUACACUUCAAAAGAUGUAUAGUCGACGAGGGCCACGUCCUGGGCAACUCAAAGAUCAAUUCCAAAAGCUUCCUACUACUAGGACUGGAUGCGCUGCAAGUCACCUCGAGGUGGAUCGUCACUGGAACACCGUCGCGCGGCUUGUAUGGAACAAGCAUUCAGAAAUCCGAUGGCAGUACUGAAAGCUCUAUGAACGUGUCACUCGCUCAGUAUGACAGCCAUUCUUCGUUGAAUCAGUCGUCCAGGGAGCUAGAACGGAAGGAUCUUGAACGGCUAGGCUCUAUUGCGGCAUUGUAUCUGAAAGCACGUCCGUGGGCCAAUUCAGUUCUGGAGACUGAGGAUACUUUGGCAAAUUGGACGAAACAUCUCGUGCCCCCGAAGACUGGACCUGGACGAGCAGGACGCUGGGAAUGUCUCAAAAUGACAAUCAAUUCGCUGAUUGUACGCCACCAGCUGCAAGAAGUGCGAACUCAGCUGCCACCCGUGAACGAAAAGAUCGUGCUGCUCGAGGGUUCAUACCAGGACAUGUUGUCACUCAACAUAUUUGCCAUGAUGAUCAUCUUCAACUCGGUCCAAUCGCAGCGAACCGACAUUGACUACUUCUUUCAUAUCAAGCAACGAAAGAGCCUGCUGCAGAUUGUGCACAAUCUGAAGCAGUCAAGCUUCUUCGGUGGAUCAUUCUUUACUGCCGAAGAAAUUGAAAAGUCUGUGCAGACUGCCGAGGAAUUCUUGGACAAGAAAAAAAUUGAGAUUAGCGCGGAGGACGAGGGGCUUCUCAGGACGGCGAUUGACUUUGGUCGCCUAGUUCUUACCAGCCAGUUACGCUGCCUGAGCAACCUGUUCCAUGAGAUGCCCAUCUGCGUCACUGGGUUCCCCGUGGGCACUGGUAAAUACUGGUCCUUGGACUUGGAAGAAAGUGAUCACGUCUGCACUUCUGCCAGAAUGGUAAUUGCACUUCAAAAGUUACUGUAUAACGCUGCCGGUAACCCUGAGCAGCUGAAUUCUUUGCUCAAUGGUGGUCUGAUUCAAGAGGGUAUAGGGGAGAGAUUUAAGGCACAAGAUGAGGCAAAAUCUGCCGGAGAAACUAAGAAGAGGGGCCAAAGGUCGGACACCUUGGCUGGCAACACAAAGCUCGGCGACGAUAGUCCCAAGAAAAAGCGAUCUCAUGGAAUUAAUGGUGCUGAGCCAGCGCCGGUGCUUACCAAUGAGGCCUUGGCCACUGCCUUGGCCAAGACAAAGCUCGUGUCAACGGUUUCUGCAAAGCUUUCAUAUCUGAUUGAUGGCAUUGCCAAGCAUCAGGAUGAUGAAAAGAUCAUCGUCUUCUACGAAAAUGAAAACGUUGCUUGGUACUUGGCUAGCAUAUUGGAUGUCCUGCAGAUCCAGCAUCUUAUCUAUGCAAGAGGCCUGCCCGCUGAACGAAGGGCUCAAUAUGUAAACACAUUUCACCACAACGAGACAUUCCGAGUUCUUCUCAUGGAUCUCUCCCAGGCUGCCUUUGGGCUGGAUAUGCGCGCAGCAUCGCGUGUCUACUUCAUCAACCCUGUGCUGAACCCGCAGGUGGAGAGCCAGGCGAUUGCUCGAGUGCGCCGCAUCAGCCAGCAGAAGGGCGUGUCGGUCGAGACGCUGGUGCUCAAGGACAGCAUUGACGAGGUCAUCUUGGAUCGAAAGGAGCACAUGACGCAGGCGGAGCACGGAAAGGCAAGGACGAUCUUGGAUGUGGCUUCGAUCAACAACUGGAUCAGGAAUGCCAAGAUCGUGCCUGUUGGAGAGGCCGGCGACAGCCACGCGGAUCAGAUGGUGCCACUGACGAAGCCACUGCAAGUGUUUGGAAAGGGAUUCGGCCGCUUGCCUGACCCAGAUGAUGGACUAGUCAAGGAGGAGGAAUCCGUGGCGACGAAGAUAGUACUCCCGCGACGGGCUGCAACACCGCCGACGAGUGGCCGCAAACGUAUGCGAGGCGAAAGCAAUAGCAGAGUGAUUUUGAUGGGUGGUGGUACCAGCGCGGAGAUGAUGAUGCCGCCCCCGGCACGCCGUGUACGAUUUACAGCUGGUUCGGAUUGA